AGGAGUUGACACUGCAAUGGAUGCUGACCGAGAGCUUGAUCCUGGCGAUGUAGAAACAUUUUAGGCUCAAUUAAAAGUAUUAAUAAAUGUAAUAUACACAACUUAAUGUAUGAUCGAACUGCAUACCCAGACAUGAACAGAACAGAUGAAUUGUGUAGCUCUAACCUUUCACAGUCAUCUGGACUGUGCUGGCUCGUUGCUUGCUGAGCCAGGAGAUGGCAGUACAGGUUAGGCUUUUGACCCCGUCUCCUCCACUCUUCUCUCUGCUCCCGGGGUACAGAGGACAUCCUGCCUUCUCCACCAUGGUUUCAAAACUCUGCAGCCAAAUACUGGCCAUGCCCCGCUGUCAGCUGUCACACACCAUCCUCACUGAGAAGAACUGAUCAAACUGAAACUCAGUAGAAUCCUGCCAUCAAAGAAUGCAUCUCCUGAUGCUGAUCUUUGGGAUUGUGCUUCUCCCUAAAGCCCACACCUUGAAAUGUUAUGAGUGUGCACCGGGAAUCUCAGGAACCUGCACAGAUACAUCAAAAGAAUGCCCUUUGCAGGGUCAACAGUGUGGGGCAAUUAAAGUCACUUCAUAUGCAGGUGGUUCAAAAAUUCUUGAUGUCAAUUCAAUAAGCUGUGCUUUGGCUGAAGAGUGUAUUGAGGCCUCAUUCAACCUUGGAAUCGGCAACACCGUAAUAACCAGCAACUGUUGCACCUCCGAUCUCUGCAACACCCAACCUGCCCCUGAACCCAGCAAAUCCAAUCCAAAUGGUAAAAAGUGCUUCUCCUGUGACGGACAAAAGUGCACCAACACUCUAAACUGUGAGGGGAAUGAGGACUACUGCAUCUCAACAACAGUGAAUCUAAGAGGUCAAACGAUGACUCUGAAGGGCUGUUCCUCCAGGACGAUUUGCUCAAAUCAAACUACGCAGGUGGCAGGAGCCUUUGGAACAGAAAUUAGCUGCUGUCAGGGGAACUUCUGCAACAGCGCCAGCAGCACAAGUGCUGGCCUUCUGCUCCUAUUCGCACCGCUGGUCUCUUUGGUCAUGCUCUCUUAACUGGUGGAAACGGCAGCAUCACCACUCAGCUUUUCUCUCAUCUUUGCAUGGCCUCAUACUGCUGCUCACACCCUGGUCCCAAUCCUUUCAAUGACUGAGAAAAUGACUUUUGAAUGACUGAGAAAGUUUAGCAAGCAAAGUAUAAAAAUAUAAUUCAGUAAAAUAGUUUUCUUUUUACUUGUCUCUUGCCUCAUACAGUUUCUUCCAGGAUCAUUUUCUUUUUUUUUAGUGUUGCCUAUAGACCAUUUCACAGCUUUGCAGCUCAUCCUGUUGUAGAACAAGGAGAAUGUAAAAAUCAUCCUGAUGCACAGUUUUUGUUCUGACUGCUAUUAUUAUCCUUAAACAUACUUUUAAUGUUAAUUAUCAAGAAUAUUUUGAUGUUACUGAUAAAAGCUGAAUAAAUAAAAAUCUUAAAAUUC